AUGGACUGGGAUAUUGACAUGGACGAUAUCGCUGAGGGCUUUGCCCCUCCAAACGUCACAAUCUCCGACAGCACGAACAUCAGAGAAUCUGGUACGGCACCUACUACGACCGAACGCGACCCAGAAAGCCCAACCCUAGUAUCAAACAAGGUCCACAUCCGAGGGCUGGAGACACUGACGACGGACGAUAUCAAGACAUACGUGAAAGACCAUUACGGCCCCAUGAACAGGGUGGAAUGGAUCGACGAUGAGUCUGCGAACCUGGUCUUUGGGUCCGAGUCUUCGGCACAGGACGCUUUGAAAGCCUUGAGCGCCAUAGAGAUCGCCGAUGUGACACAACUGCCCAUCAACGAGACCAUUCCAGCCAAGGCUGUGGCAUUCAAGCCAGACGUCAACCUGCAAGUCCGGUUUGCUAUGAUCUCGGACAAGAAGGCACCCGGUGCUGCUCAGAGAAGCAGAUUCUAUCUUUUCCACCCCGAAUUUGACCCCGAGGAGAGAAUGCGAGGCGAUGGAAGCAGAAAUAGGUACCGCGACCGUAGUGGGGACGAUCACUACCGCCGUAAUGGCCGCGGAAGAGGUCGGCGAGACCGAGAAUCAAGCGUCGAGGUAUUCCAUGCAAGCAUGUACGAUGACGAGGAUACAUUGGCAGACCACGAUUCUAGAGCUGCACGGCAGCGAAGACGAUCCCACUCCAGAGGCUCGAGCUCGCGUGGAGAUCGUUCUUACACGUCUCGUAAUCAGGAGAAGGAACUCUUCCCGGGUCGAGGACCAGCAGGAGGAAGGGGUCAACGAAACCGUUCAGCGUCGCCCAAGAGGGAUAUCGACGGUGAUGCAGCAAUGGAUAUGGAGGCAGCACGUAUUUCGAGGCCCAGCAACAGAGAGAGAGCAUCCGGUAUCAAAGAGCGUCUGGCCAGGGACAACAAAGCCAAAGAGCUGUUCCCUACCAAGGGCUCAUCGGCUGGCCAGACACACAUGGACAGAGUCAUGGAUGGUACGGACGAGACUACACGAUUGAUGCAGCGAAACUUGUCAGUAAGCAACGAGGGAGGUUCCACAAAGGACCUGUUUGACAUACGAGGCAGAGCCCUGAAACAGGGCGUCGACACUGGCUUCACAAUCAAGGGCGCAGCGGGGGCAAGCGUCAAGGAGCUGUUUCCUGAUCGCUUUGGGAGCGGCAACACAGAAAAGGAGCUCUUUGCCGACAAGUUGGAGGGCCGGGGCCGCAGGCGACAGAAGGCUGAGGAUUUAUUCUCCUAG